AUGGAUGAAAGCGUGCUCAAGGAUCUCUGGAUUGACAACGAUGAGGGUCCGUUCAAGAGCUCUUCAUACACGCUUAUUUUUAGGGGUUCUGGCCGGAAAUCUGUCAGGGUCGAUACUGGCGAUCGCGACAUUAUACUCUGCGUCUCCGCUGACGAGACUGCUACCCGCCUGCUCCACCUCCAAAACGUGCGCAAUGAUACAGUAGACGAGGCCAAAGCCGCCAUUGCACAGCUCCUUGACGAAUUGAAGUCCCAAGAUGUGAGCAGAAAUGAAAGACAUCUAAGACCGGGAUAUCUAAAAGUAGAACAUGUUAUCGACGACAGUCACGAGGCUGUCCGGCAGUUUCUUUUCACAGAAGCCAAGAAGCGCAGCCUUGGGAUUACUUGGGAUGAAGGAGGGUAUUCACGUUCGACGCUGCGAAGACUCUAUUACCAGCUGUGGUUCAAAGUGCGUGUAUUGAGCGAUGGCAGUUGGAUGACGGACAGUGGGACACGCUUCCAACAGGUGAAAGACCGAGGCACAUCCCAGAAUAAUGGAAACGAUAGUCAUCACGACGUAUAG